GUCACCUGAGAUGCAGGCAUUGCGUGACUAUGUCACCGCCGCCGAUGGCUCCAGGUAUGCAAACCAGGCAGCAUCCACCCUUCGGUUGGAUGUGACCCACUCGAACCUCAUCCAACGAUGGCAUGACCUGGUUUUUGAUGCUGGCAUGACAGUCAGCAGAGUCAAGGAAAAGCUCUACGCGCACGGUGGCACGCCUGCUGCGGAUCAGGAGCUGUACCUUCGAAGAGGAGGUGGCGACACCUUGUUCCUGUGGGAUGACCGGAAGACGCUUGCAGACUAUGGCGUCAAGAACGGCAUGGAGAUCCACAUCAAGGACACCAAUCCAUACUCGCUCUCUGCAAACGGAGGCCUCGAAGAUGUUAGCCAGGUGGAGAAGUACGUCAUGUCAGAUGAGGCAUAUGACAAGCUCGACAACAGUGUCCGCGCCAUCAAGCGCAAGGAAAAGGAGAAGGCAGCGGCCGAACUGGCAGCCAGGAUAGCAGCAGGUGAAGUCAUAGAAGAAGAGCCUGCAGAAAGUGCCGAGGAGGUCGCAGAACGAAUACCAAUGGGUAGUCGAUGCCAGGUGCAGCCUGGUGGCCGAAGAGGGGAGGUUGCCUUUGUCGGCGCAGUUCGGGGCAUCAAGGGCGUAUGGAUUGGAGUUCGUCUAGACGAGCCCCAAGGCAACAAUGACGGCUCAAAGGAUGCCGAGCGGUACUUCAACUGCAAGGGUGACAAGUACGGCUGCUUUGCGAAACCUGACAACGUCGAAGUUGGUGAUUUUCCAGAGCUGGAUCCAUUCGCUUCUGAUGAAGAGUUCUGA